UAGCAGAAGUGGCUAAUUUCCUGUCACCUGGUGUCAAUCAGAGGCACCAGCUCUAGGCCUGGUCUACCUCACUCAUCUUCAAGUACUUGAGAUCGGAGAAGCGGACAGCUGACUCAGCCGUGUCUAAACUGGCCCUUGAGCCUUGGAGACUUGGAGACCCAGGAGUUUGAGAAGAGAAUGACAACACCCAGAAACUCAGUGAGUGGAACCUUCCCAAUACAGUCUACCAAAGGCCCCCUUGCCAUGCAGCCUUCUCAAACGGUGAACCUCAGGAGGACUUCUUCACUGGUGGGCCCAACACAAAGGUUCUUCAUGAGGGAAUCGAAGGCUUUGGGGGCUGUCCAGAUCAUGAAUGGCCUCUUCCAUAUUUCCUUGGGGGGACUGCUGAUGAUCCCCACGGGAGUCUUUGCGCCCAUCUGUCUGAGUGUAUGGUACCCUCUCUGGGGAGGCAUCAUGUAUAUUAUUUCGGGAUCACUCCUGGCAGCAGCAGCAGAGCAAACCUCCAGGAAGAGCUUGGUCAAAGCAAAAGUGAUAAUGAACUCUCUGAGCCUCUUUGUUGCCACUUCUGGGAUAAUUCUUUCAAUCAUGGACAUACUGAACAUUACAGUUUCUCAUUUUUUAAAAAUGGAGCGCCUGAAUCUUAGCAAAACUCCCAACCUGUACGUUGAUAUCUACAACUGUGAACCGGCUAACUCCUCGGAUAAAAAUUCCCCAUCGACACAGUACUGCUACAGCAUGCAGUCUGUGUUCCUGGGCAUUUUGUCAGUGAUGCUGAUCUCUGCCUUCUUCCAGAAACUUGUGACAGCUGGCGUUGUGGAAAAUGAUUGGAAAAGAGUGUGCUCCAGAUCCAAAUCUAACGUGGUUCUGCUAGCAGCUGGACAAAAAAAAGAACAGACGAUUAAGGUGAAAGAAGAAAUCAUUGAGCUGAGCGGAGUAUCUCCCCAACUGAAGAAGGAAGAAGAAAUUGAAAUCAUCCCAGUGCAAGAAGAAGAAGAAGAAGAAACAGAAGUGAACUUUCCAGAACCUCCCCAGGAACAGGAAUCCUUGCCAGUGGAAAAUGAGAUCUCUCCUUAAGCGCUUUUCCUUUAUUAGCAUUAUCAUUUAGAGAGCUUCCAAGACACACAGUUACCCCAUUCCUGUGGUCUUCCACGUCUAUUCUCCACGCUUCUACAGCUUAUCUUUGCAUAGAGAAGCCACGUCUAGCUUUCCUUCCCAUUUGGAGAAUAUGACAAUUGUAGCAGAUUGUGUUGUCCCUUGCUUGGGAGUUUUACGAGGGAAGAGAUGCUGCAGGACUCACUUCUCAUCCACCUUUCUCUGGGAAGGGCAUUUUUGUAGUGGUAGUGCUUUUUCUCCAUUUUUCCACCAGCAGCUGCAGCUGAGGGAAAGGACACACGGCUGUUCCACCCACCUCUGAACUCUCCAACUCUACCUACAUUUCUGGUGGAGUCCUUUCUGCAUUGCCGUCUUAAGGAAAAUAGAAGCAAUGAUGGAGGGAAUGAGGCACAAUUUUUUCAGGGGAAAGGUCACUGUAGCGUGUUUCUCAAGCUUCUGGAUCCCAUUUGGAAAGCUGCGAAAGGCAAGAACUAACCCUGUCUCUGUACAAACAGCAGACCUUACACAUAA